CGCCGGGGAGCGCGGUGGCCGGCCAGGCUCGGCCGGUACUGCCGCCGCCGCGCCGUUCCGCCCUGCGGGGCGGAGAGGCCACGGCUGCCGACUGUGGGGCAUGUGGCCGGCGCGGCUCUGAGCCUCCGGCUAUGGCGGAGAAAGUUUCGUCGGCUCCGGAGCGACCGCGGGGCGCCGGACACGUCGGCUCCUCUUGCUCCAGCUCCUCCUCCGGCUCGGAAACUCUCUCCGAGGAGGGAGAGCUCGGCGCCUGCCGGGCGGCGGCGACGGGGCGGCGGCGGCGGCUCCCGGGCGAGGAGCGGGCGAGCUGCGGCGGGCGGGCGGAGGAGGAGGAUGCCUCGUUAGAGGAGCGGGAUGAAGAGCCUGAUCACAUCCUGUCACCUCCGCCUGUGCCUUCUCAGAAAUCCAGCAGUCCUGAAGCCUUCUCUAGUCCUGAAAAGUCUGAUACAUCUAAGAAACAGCUGAGUGAAGAUGGGAGAAAUCUCAGAAGGGGAAGCCUUGGAGGAGCUCUAACUGGCAAGUAUCUGCUUCCCAGCUCAACAGGGCAGCAGCAAUGGAAACUUGCGGAUAUGUCCAAUCUUGUUCGCCUGCACUACCAAACACUUGGGAAGUCAGCACCUUCCCUUACUGCUAAUUUG